AUGGCAUGGUUAUAUUUUGUACAAAGUCAGUUGAAGGUGGUAUGUGAUACAAUAAAAAGGAUAGAAGGUGAUCAUAUAUCAGCAGGCGAGGUGUAUGAAGAAAUUGAAGUGUUAUGUGGUAAAAUAAAAAAUCGGAAAAAUCAACAUUUUUUUACGUCAGAGCUAGCUCAACUUAUUUCAGAUCUUGAUAAGAACAAACUGUACAGUGAAAAAAAGUUUAUUGAGAUAACUGAUGAGUUUUAUGACACGUUUUUAUCGUACGUGGAAAAAUGGGGAUAUCACUUUGAACCACUAAAAGUUUUUCGUUGGAUUCAAGUACUAGAUUUUCCAAUUUGGAGUGACAUUCAAGAAAGUUUUAAAUAUAUUAUUAAGAAUAAUCCAACAUUGAAAUUCGAUGAAGAUGAACUUUUUGACGAAUUUAAUCAUGUGAUAAAUGUAAUGAAGGUUAAAAUGCAAAACUGGAAAAAUGGUUCAAAAACCGAAGAUAGGUGGUGUGAAAUAUUCAAAAUUCUAAAAAAAAAUAACAUUUCAAUUAAAUAUUUUACGGUUAUUUUAGAGUAUUCGAUGGCUAUUCCAGGAACUAACGCGUCGGUAGAAAGAGUAUUUUCAAUUACAAAUGUUUUAUGGACAGAUGAGAAAAAUCGAUUUCUUGUGGACACAAUUAGAUCGAUAAUAAUCGUAAAACAACAUUUUAAAAAUGUUUCAUGUACAGAAUUGCAUACAUUUCUUUUAGAACAUCCACAAUUAUUAAAACUAAUUACUUCUUCAGAAAAAUAUGAAAAAUCAAAUAGUGAAGACAUCUCUGAACAAUCGUCAUCAAAAUGA